AUGUCGUGGUGGACCCGAGUAUGGAUUCUCCAAGAGUUCAUGUUGAGCAGAUCAGAUCCAUUGCUGUACUGCGGUCGCGAUACAGUCUCAAACCAUCAGCUAACGGCAAACUUUGAAUACAUCUAUGACUGGAUCCACCAUCGCAAGACACACCCCGAACCUAUCGAUGAAUGCACUGACUGUGGAGGAAAUGCUGGGCAGCAGCCGGACGACGUUAGUGAAGAUGGCUCGGAAGACGAUGAGCAUCCUGCCACGAGCGAAAGUCGGGAAGCUACCGAUGACUUCAAAGCGAGCGGAGAAAGUAGUGAUACUGAAGACAAUCUUGAGAAUGUCCGCCGCCGCCUGAUGGGCCUUCGUCUUGAUCCAAGAAGCACGGACGGCCACGAGUGGAACAUCUGGGGAGCUCGCGUCUGGCUCGUAAAAAGUGUCUUGAACGGACGCACCCUUUGCCGGCCGUGGAAUGGCGCCCAGGAUGUCUACAGGUAUCUCGCUUCGAACUGCAGCGAUCCCCACGACAUCGUCUACGGCGUGCGAGAAUUGGCAGACCACACCUUUCGGGACAUGUUCAUACCUGAUUACACUAUCUCAGUCGCUGACCUCUACACAAAACUGGCAACCUAUCUCAUCAUGAUGGAGUACUGGGCAGACCUAUUCUGGCAUUUCCCUCACCGUCUCAAGGAUAAAUAUCCAAGGGGGUCGCAAGAGUCAACCAGCAUCCCUUCGUGGGUUCCAGAUUUCACUCGGCGUGUGGAGCCCAAGGCAUCAGACAGAGUCCCGGACGGCAAAGCCAAACCCAUAAGAGACAACCCGUUUAUCAUUGAUCGAGUCGUGUUUUUCAGUGGGUGGGUCUUGGAUGAAAUCUUCCAAGUCUUUCCUCUUCCUAAAAAGGAUCCCUUCAGAUUAUUACAGCAGCUCUGGUAUAUCGAGAGAACGCACGGAUGGACUCCUUACGAAGUAAUGAGUGGGAAACCUUCUUCCAAUCUCCACGACUGGGACAACCCCGAGAACUUAGAGGCACCCUCCGGGAGUAUUUACCUCUUUCCUAGCGUUGGGUGGGCAACAGACAGUUCUGAUUCGUCGGAUGGCCGCUCCAUUGUGCAAACUCUUGAGGCAUUCAUGGAUCUCGACGGUUUGAUAGAAGCUCUAGACAGCUGCUAUAGGCUAGUCGAUCCUUGCCUACGACGUAUCUUUGACAGGGAAGAAAAAGGAUACGGAUCGUCGGCCUCACGCGAAGACCGCGACGAGUUCUUGGAGCGAAAGUCCGACAUGCUUGAGCGGCUUGGUGAGCUCAUGCUUGAGUUUAUGAAUAAGGGGGAUAGAAGAACAGACCUUAUCGGAAUUUGUACCUUUGAUUUCGAGGGCUUACGUGCCCAAGUCCUUCACCACUUGAUACCCAUGACGCCUUGGCAGCCUCUGAGACUGAACCGACCAAAGUUUGUCAAUGAAGAGGUGGACAACAUUUGCAAUCCUCCCAUCCUCAACGCUGAUUUGCAGAGGCCAAUAGUCUACAGAUCACUCUUUGCAUUGAUCGAUAAAGGCAUCGAGGACGUCGAGGAGCGUAUUAUGCGACGGGAGGUUGUCAUGAACUUCGCCCAAGUCGUGCACGAUGCGGCGAUGGAAUUAGUAGGGGGACAGAGCGAAGUCACCUAUGAAUAUUUAGGUGAUGAGCUUGCUGACAUUAUGAGAUGCGUUGCGCAAUCUAGUGAUCGACUCAAUGCUGAUCAUGGCCUUCAUAACGACGACCCGAGUAAUGCUGGUGGACCUGAGGACCUUAUCGUGGAUCAUUUUGUCCUAUCACCAUUAUAUAAUGACGAGGACGAUAGCAGCCGCCCUGAUGGUCCCCUCAUUCUUUACCAUCGAAAUGAAGAGGAUGACGAUCCUCUUGUAGAAAAGAUUUACUACGACAAGGCAGGCCAGCCACUAGGACCUGGACCAACAAAUCACGCCCGCUCAUCGUCCACAAUAUACGACAUGACAAUGCUGAGUGAACCAAGGCACAGGGCUAGUAGCAUUUAUGGCAACGAUUCAAACGCUUCUGCCGACGAAGAUCUCUAUGUAGAGCCGCAGAGCGCAGAUGGCGAUCUGGACGAUCGAGCAUUUACAGACGAAGAACACCGUGAUGAUUCGACCGAUUCCGCGGCUCCUCUGGUAGAAGAACUCGAAGAGGCCAUCGACAGCAAGGAUGAGACCUGCAGCACCGGCUCAUCGUCGACACAAUCCCGACCUUCGCUAAUCCGUGGCGGACCAAGCGGCAGACUAACCACGUGGCGUCGUACCGAGAAGCGCAAAUCAACUCAAGUGCAUCUUAUUUUCCAAGAUCUAUGCGACUUUCUCGCCGGUCGAGAGUUCUUCAUCACCGAGACGGGCCUCAUGGGACUCACUGCGCCUGGCGUGACAGGAGUCUGCGACGGCGACGACCUGCUCAUGCUGCAGGACAUGACUUUUCCCAUUGUUGCGAGGCUUGAGCCGUCAGAAAAGCUGGGGAAUCCCAAGAUGCGGCGCAGAGCCAUGUCGACAUUAAGGAUGCGGAGGGAAAUAGUAGGCUCGGCCAUUGUGCGUGGCAUCGACACAAAGGGCGGUCAACUAGACAAGGUAGAAUUUCCAGAGCAUUUUGAGCCCUUUAGCAGCAAGAGUAUAGGACUUCUGCGGAUCAAAUAA